GCGGAAGCGAGGCGGGGUCCUUUCUCGCCGCCCGCUCGCCCCAAGGUGCCUGCGGAGCUCGGCGCCGGCCUUGCGGAGGGCGGGGGCGGCGGCGCCUUCCCCGCGGCGCCGGGCACCAUGAUGGUGGGCAAGACCGGCGCCAUCGCCGCGGGCCUCUGCGGGGCCCUCUUCAUCGGCUACUGCAUCUACUUCGACCGCAAGAGGCGGAGCGACCCGAAUUUCAAGAACCGGCUGCGGGAGCGAAGGAAGAAACAGAAGCUUGCCAAAGAGAGAGCAGGGCUUUCCAAGCUGCCUGAUCUGAAAGAUGCUGAAGCUGUUCAGAAGUUUUUUCUUGAGGAGAUCCAGCUUGGGGAGGAACUACUAGCUCAAGGUGAAUAUGAGAAAGGUGUUGAUCACUUGACCAAUGCCAUUGCUGUGUGUGGACAGCCGCAGCAGCUGCUACAAGUUCUACAGCAGACUCUUCCACCACCAGUGUUUCAAAUGCUUCUAACUAAGCUCCCUACAAUAAGCCAGAGAAUUGUAAGUGCACAGUGCUUGGCUGAAGAUGAUGUUGAAUGAGGUCACACAACAACAGGGGGAAAAAGUGUUUUCUUACCCCAGAAGAUGAGCAUCAGUAGGGGGAUAAAGGGGCAAACAUAGUAGUUAAUGGACUGUGUACCACAUCGGGUUCUACCAGAGUUAAAAUUAACUUUGUGUAGGUGGGUUUCACAGGAUUUUAUUUAUUAUCCCAGUGAAAAGUGUAUUUUGAUAAAAAUUCAUUUUAUAAAUACACUGUGUUGAGUUAUCAAAGUAUCACUAACUUCAUUAUUAUUAAAAUAUGCAGUUGUAAUGUUGUACAUAUAAAGACGUAAAGCUACAACCUAUUGAAAACCCAAUGCUCAUUUUUUGAAAAAAAAAAAGAAAAAAGAAUUAAAGAAAAAAGUUAUGGCAAUAAAGAUUUAUCCACACUUGUGUGUCCCUAUAGUACUGCUUUAAAUGUCAGAACGUUUGGGUGUCAGAGCAGGGCAAAUGAUCUAAAAUAACAUUUAAAAAAAACCAAAAGUGUUACGACGGGUCUUCCAAUGCUUUUAGUUAAUUCAAAACCUCAUGUAAUCCCCUGAGAAAAUAGGCAUGUGAUCGUUUAAACAGUAACUGAUCACAUUAAAAAGAAAUGCAAAUCAAAAUGGUAAUAGGUGACUUAGCUGCUGGAGGAAUGAGAGAUCUGUUUGUCAGGAACAGUAACACCUGUAGUGAUGCAUGUCAAAACCAAAUCUGCCAAAAAGGAACUUGUGUUAAAGCACUUGUGUGAAGUAAAGCUGUUUAUAAUAGAACCUUGGGCAUAUUUUCAGAGCAUAAUGAUAUAUUUUUUUCAAAAGCGUUCAACCUUUUUGUAAAAUAAUUAACAUUUCAGUCUCUAAUUGUUAAGAUGGUAGAAAUAUUUAGCAGUCUUUGGCAUUUGACUUGAUUGUUUUGGUGCCAAUUCAAAUUACAAAGGUAAGAUGAUGACAUCCCCAGGCUACACUAGCUGAAAGUGCUGGAAUUAGAAGUAAAAUAUCAGAAUGAGAGAAAACAAGGAAAAUAUACUGACUUAAUUAUGUUUUCAGAAUUCUACUACUCAUUUUCCCUCAAUAGGGUAUUUUAAAUUUCAAAUUAGAGCAGACUAGUUUCUGCCAUUUUCUGUUUUUGUGCUAAGGCCACUCUCAUGGCAGAAAAAAAAAAGCAAUUAAAAAAGCAAUUAACAGUGUGGCUUAAUGUUUUUGGCAUUAUGACUUGUUUCAGUUUCAUGAAAAGAAGAGAGAAGAAUGCUUUGGUCUAAUGGUUACAUUAAUUAAAUGUCUAAUUUGAUCUAAUGUUACAUUAAUAGAAAGGUACUAGAUGGCAUAGUCUGAGUAGAAGAGAGAGGCUCUGAAAGCACUCUGGCUAACAUUCCCAUAUAUCUUUCUCACUCCAGCCUGCUGUAUGUUUUUGUAAAGGCAGAUUCUUCCAAAACGGGACCAAAGUUCCAGAAGUUGCCUUUCAGAGUCUUUGAGAGGUUAAAUGGAAGGUUCAUGGUCACCCACUUGUUACAUACCAAAACUUGGGAGUACAAAUGGCUUUUGCUGAGUCCACCAGCUUGGACAAUUCUUUUUGCUGUGGAAGAGAAAUUUCUCCACUAAUUCUUUGAAAAUACAGCGUCCCAAAGUUUGAGCUGCUGUUGAAUCUUUCUGUAGUGCAUAUUAAAGUUUAUAGCUGGUAGGAACAAAAUUUCUUGAACAACUGACUAUAACUUGGUCCUUUUGUUGUUCAGAUGCCAUAAGGUAGAAGUAAAACUUAGCCAUCAUCUUCAGGUGACGAAGUUUUCCUCUUUUAAUUUGAAUUAGAGAUAUAAAGUUAUUCUGCUAAUAAGAUAUUUAAUAAAAACACUGUGUAGUAGUAGAAGGUUCUGUGCUUAUGGGGUGCAGCUGGACUAUUUGGCGGACUUCGCCUUUUACAUUUUAAUUUUAAAGGUUUGGAAAAAUUCACAGAUUAUGCUGACAGAACUGCUCCCAUAUUUACCUGCUGUCCUUAGCGGUGGUGGCAAUUUCACUGUAAGAUCUUUUUGGUUCAUCUUUUAGCUUCUUACGGUAGAUCAAGAUUCCUUAAAACUCAAAUGAUGUAAGGCACCCUUCCUUCAAGACUGAAUAUUUUUUUGUGCUCCUUGGUAUAAUGUUGCCACUUUGAAUUCAAAGUUUAGCUUACAGCAGUGCUUUCCUGAACUAAGUGUUUUAGCAAAUCUUUCUGUCAGUUCCUUUGAUGGAAGACUUGGUGAUAGCCUGAUUGUAACUACAGAAGUUCAUUGCUUUAAUAGUUGUCAUAGGUACCCGUACUACUUUAAACCUUUUUAGUUUUCUUGAUCCUGAAAAACUAGAUAUGAAUGACAUUUUUAGACUGUGGAUUUAAAUGAAGCCUUAAGAAGUACCGAUAUUCUCAAAUUCUAUAGUCCCAAAGUACCUGGCUAGUAUGAUGAUGCAAGCUCUGAUACCUGAUUUGAGUGCCUUGGCUAAUAGGGUGGGAAUGUGGAAUCCUUUGAAUAAGACUGAUAUUUUUUUUCCCCAAAAAUCUAAGAUAAAACUUUAUGAAAGGUGUCUAGGAUGGGAAUUUGAUGUUGCUCCAAUAAUGGCAAGCUCCUGCUGUUGUAGCUAGCAUGCACAGCCUACAGAUAUAAGAGGCUCUAACUUAAAACUUGUUUCAGACACGAGCAAAGGUGCAGGUCAUUGAAAGUGCAGUGGUAGUAAUGCAUCUUAUUGCAUCAGUAGUAGUAAUGCUGCUGCCUUAGCUGUAUACAGUACUGUAUUCCUUUUUACCUGUGCAAUUUAAAACAAGGUGGAAGUGAACUAUUCAGUUGUGGAUUUGCUGCUGGCAAUCUCACAGCUGCUGGUAAAUGACGUCUGUAAUUGUGCUUCGCUGCAGGUAAGGCUACUGUUUCUCUCAGAGCCAUCUUCUGCUCUGCAGUGCUCCAGGAAUGAGGCACUUGGUUUCAAUGCAUGUGACCACUCUGAGAGUUUCUCAUAAAGGAGGUCUGUUAAUUUUGUGUUAGGAAGUCUCCUGUCACCAGUUAAGAGUUUCUCUGACAGCUUUUAUAGAAAAAAAAAAAAACAAGCCAAAGCAAAAAAAAAUCCACCUAACAGCCUACAACCAACAGCUACUUUUGUGAUUGUACUUUCUUUCAUGUCUCACCAUUAAGUUUUUUAGAUAGCAGGAUCAAAUCCAAAACCAGAGUGAUCAGGCACACACUGAAUCAUCUGGCACUAAUUUCCUUACCCUGGGGUAUGACGGAAUAUUAUUUUUGCCCUUAACUUCAAAAAUGGAGAAGUCCCAGCCCUAGUCCUGCUGUGUAGGAGAUUAGCAAACCAUCAUCAAAGUAAAACUCGAGCUGUUCGUGCACCCAGAACAAUCUUUCUAAAGUUUCAUUUGUAUGUCUGUUGAUGGUGUGUUGAAAGUCCCUUAGGCUCAACAACGUGACCGUUGUGUUAAAAUUAAUGUGAGUUAAAUCUCAAGGGAGUCUUUGAAGUGGUCAGUAAGUGCUUUUAGUGUGUUUCAAAGGCAUGUUGGAUGCUACGCCCAAGCUGAGUUUUUUGAACAAUGCAGGUAUGAAAAAGGUUGAUGUGAAGAAUAUAAUUUUGUCAAGGUUUCUGUUGUACCCAAAUCUUGGUUUGGUUUUCAGUUUGUGUGCUUACACUGACCAGUACAGAUCAUGUUCUUGUUUGGGGAAGGGAAGGACUGAAAAAAACACCUGUCUGCGUAGCAGUCAUAUUUGACCACAAAUCUGUCUUGCAAAGAGCUGAAACGUGCUUAAUUCAUAAGGACAAGUAGCUUUUAGGCACUGCAGAGACUGAGCUUCUGAUGCAGGUAGCGAUACUUGCUCUCUGCAGUUGGACCAAAAUGAAGCUUCCCAAAGAUGUGGGCAUUCAGUGCUGUUCUCCUGUAACAUCCUGUGUGUGAAUGUGUGAAUGAAACCACAGAAAACAGCUGGCCCUUCUGUGAUAUUUCCGUACCAGGCUGCCCAGCUUACUAGAGCUAGGUAAUGUGCAGGUUCUUUCCAAGUACAGUACUUUCUGUGUGUGCUUAAAAACAAAGUCAGGGUCUUCGUGUCCCUGAAAUAGGUCCUUACAGGUGCUACCCUAACAGAUUAUAUACUGUUUGUCAUUAGAUAAGGUGACCACCCUCUGUGUUUCCUGAUCACUGCUGUAACCUAACAACCAUGAAUUCCUAAAGGCUUGUACACUCUAAGCUUUUGUCUUUAGAGGUGUAAUUCCAGUUCCUGGUUUGUAAAGGUCAGGCCUUGAUUUAAUGGCCUGAUAGAUAUGUGUCUUGGGGCUUUUACUCAUUUCCCUUGCACUCUGAGGAUGUCCUCGUAUCCUUGUCUUUGGGAUGAGGGUGUCAUUGGUGCUCACCCAUUCUGCUACGGUCACUGAAUGGGUGCUGCUGCUCCUAAAACACUGUUGCUUCAGUACAGCUUAUGUGGCUUUCAAGUAUCAGAUUUCUACUCUGCAUGGGGACAGGAAACAGCUGCUGCCAAGUAGUUCUGCCUCUUCACGACUUGGGCCCUUACAACUGUGAAAAACUGAUUUGGUCGUACUAUCAUUUAUUUGAGCAGGUCUUAAUCUAAACAGCAGAGGGCAGUUUUGCACAUCUGUUUUGUGCAAGCUCAUCCUGCAAAAUCCUGAUUUUCAGAAUCUUCACGUCUGGAAGGGUGUUGCAAUGCAGCAUUUUGUCCAAACAGAUUUGAUACAGUGUAUGAUAUGUGACCAGUGGGGGCAGCAGUGGCAUCUGUUUCUACUGACACCCAAUUUUGGCAUUUUAAAUCCUCACAUGCUUGUUGCAGUUAUAUAAUUACAGCUAUUUCCCUUCCCUUCCAUCCCUCAGCCCAAACCAGGUAUGUAGGGAAGCCACCUGCAUUGUGCCACUUAAACCAUGCCAGAAAAUGCAACUGCAUGUCAUCCCCUGACACAUCAGAGAAGGAUUCCCCCUGCCCAGAUGUGAUUUUUCUGGAUAAGCUGAGUGAAAUGAGAGCUGUCAGCUGCUGUAGGGGCGGAAGAGAAAUAUACGGCUUUAGCCUGGAGUUGGGGUUAACCACCUCCUUUUCCUCCCACCUCUCAUCCCCCCUUUCCCCCCUGCAAAAAAGCAAAAUGUUGGCAUUAGGGUGCAGUUUUGUUGCAAUCCUGUAGCUGAUGUGGAGGAGCUGGUAGGCUCUCCGAUGCCUAGGAGGCAGCUAUGUGUAGCAGAAUGGCACUCUGGCUUAAGACCAAAUCAUAACCACUCCUGUGCUUCUGAAGUGCUGUUUCUGUGCUUCGUGGUUGUGUUUGCAGGGGAAGGUAUAUGUUGGUACUGUAAGUGUAAAUGGAAGUGCUUGCCCCUGUAUUAUCCAUCAGCAAGCAUUUUUCUAGACAUUUCACUGGUUAUUAUGAAAUAUUUCAGAGUCUGCUUAAAGCAUAGCAAGUACCUAGAGAAAGUGAGCUGUUCAAUAAAAGAAACCAUCUCUGCAAACCAGACUUUUCUCUCCUUAGGUCAAUCUGGAUGUGUUCCACCCUCUAAGGUAGCCUGAAAGACAUAGAAAUUCGCUGUAACAAACAAAUUCUUGCCCGCUUUGGCAUGUAUGUAAAAGAGCAUUUCCUGGAGCUCUGGAACAACCUGAUUAGCAUCUUUUGUUGUAUUUAAAAUGUUUAAUUAGAAGUAAUGUACUUUCCGCUGUGAUGAUUAAAAUGACAAUGAUUAUUGCAUGAAUUUGUUAAUUAUAAUGCAAUGACUAAUUAAAUGGAGAAAUGGAGAAAAGGGAUUCCUGAGCAAGCAUGUUCUUUGAGAAAGUCUCUGCUGGUGUUUUUAAUUGAUAGUGCAUGUGUAAUCAGUUCAUACCAGUAUCUCAUUAUUGAUGGGAAUGGUGUUUGGUUUUGUUGGAAAUUUACUGUCAUGGCACAUUGACCUGGUGUUAUGCGAUUGCUUGGUCCUGUAAGUGAAGAAUACCAACUUGUAGAAUGAAGGAAAUGUAAGCUUUUGUAUAUAUAAUGAAGAGAAACUGCAACUAUUCCCAGGUUGUAGCCUCCAUGUUUAUUGAGUUCUUCCAGCUUGGGUGUUUGCUAUAAUGGCACUCAGCUGAAUUUGCAUAAGCAUGAGGGGUUGCUGUUUGCUUUUCAUUUGCUUUUAUCUCUCCAUCUAAAGUUCUGAGCAUUAACAUCAGGCCCCUUGGCUUAUGUUAGAAGUUGUCUGACAAAGCUACGAGCCCUUUUUUACUUCUCUGUUGGGAUGUCAUCUACCGGCCGUUGGCACUGGCAGAAUUCUUAGCAUGAAAAUGUUAUUAUUACUUCUGUGUCAGCAGAGAUGUAUGUGACACUGUGAAGAAUCUGUCAAGAGGGAGUCUGUGCCUCUGCAAGCUUACAGUCAGUGGUCCUGAUCCUGUAACUUACUCUGCACGGUCCCUUCCUUAGGGAAACCUAAGCUACCAAGAUCAGGACAUGGGGACAGUGAAACAGGAAAGAAGAAGGAAUUUACAGCCCAAACACAAAUGACAGACAAAAACGGGAGAAGUGCCUUUAUUUCCAUUUCUGAGCAGGGAACUGAUGUACCCACAACUAAAGGGACACUUAAUUCCUUCUUAUUUAAAGACCCUACAAAGAAGCGUGGCUAAGAACACACCCAGGACCAGCCAGUCCCUCCUCUCCAGAGGGCUCUGAACACAGCGCCCAGGCCAGGACAGCCUCAUGUCUGCAUGCCCCUCCAUCGGAGCAGAGGCCAGCGGCCCAGGGCUCUGCCAGCUCCUUCACUAGGUCAGCGUGGUUCUCCUGUUUCCUGGGCAAGGUGCUCCCGGGGCUGCUGGCCUCCUGCCCCCUUCUCUUUACCAAGAGAGGAAUUGAGAUGUGUUGACAUCUGCUUCUGAGGGCUACCUGCACGGACCGGUGAAAGACUCCAAAACAGUGGUUGCUGAGGAAGGGCUGCCCUGUGUGAGGUCAUGGCUGACCUUUCCCAAGUGCCAGUCCAUGGGAAUAACCUUGCAGCUCCUACAAGUCGUAGGUGGAGCCGGUUAUAACCUGAUUUGCCUUCCUUGGCAUUUUGAAGUUGGUGAAACAUGAUGCAUAAUGACACUUUGCUUUUGCAAGUAGGAGUCUGCUUUUAUGCCAGUGUCUCAUCUGUGAACCUCACCUCAAUGCAUACUGCUUAUUCAGAUAUAACCACGAAAAUGAGAGCUGGCUAAAGAACGCCUCCGAUUGAAAGGAUCCACUGAAGCUCAUUAAAACGAUCUUAAUGACUUCCAAUUCAGCUGUGUCUGUGAUACCAGAACACAAGGAUUUUCUUCUAGUUUUUCUUGGGGAAAAAGUGGAAGAUUGACAGACUGAGGUGAAGAUUUCUCAGUACCAAUUCUGGAUGGAAAAACAUCCUCUCUGGGAGCUGCAGAGUGCCGCAUCAGGGGUCCAGAUGCCCGGUGUAAAAUCAACAGAAGAGAUUUAUGCAAGCUGAGAGCAUGCAGGAGGACUCAGCGUUGCGGGCCCUGUCCAUUUCAUGAUGCACAGAGCUUCCUUCUCUGCUGCUCUGCAGGCAAGUGAUCUCUCCUCUACUUGGCUGAUAGGGGCCCAGGUGAAUUCUGGAAUAUUCCAACCUGGAAAGGACUUUGAGUCCAAGCCCUGGCUCCACACAGGACCAUCCAAAAUCAAACUCUGUGUCUGAGAGCAUUGUCAAAAUAGUUAAUGAACUCCAAAGGACUGGGGCCAUGACCACUGCUGUGGAGAGCCUGUUCCAGUGCCUGACCACACACUGGUGAAGAACCUCUUCUUAAUAUUCCUCUUGAACUUCACAUGGUUGAUGAUUAUCCAGCCCUUUAAUUUGCUGAAAUUUCUCUGCAAGACCUCUCUGCAAUCAGGGGAGUCUACAGCAGUGCAUUCCAGACUUCAAGAUGCAUAUGGACGAUGCUUUCAGAAAAAUGGUUUGCAUUUUGGGUAGUCCUAUGUAGAGCCAAGAGUUGGACUCCAUGAUCCUUAUGGGGUUGUUCCAACUCAGGAUAUUGUAUGAUUCCGUGAUUCUAUUCUAAUUUAGUCUCAUCUGCAAGCCUACUUAAUAUAGAUUCGAGUUCUGUGUCCAGACCAUUUAUAAAAGCACUGAAGAGAACUGACUAAAAUGGAGCCCAGUGGAACCCUAUUAAUGACUGGCCACCAGCUUGAUGUAACCCCAUUUGCUGUAAUACUUUGAGCCCGACCCACGAGCCAAAUGUACACCUGUUGCAUUAUGUCUAGCUGGAUGCUGGACAUUUUGUCAAGAGGGAUAUGGUGAAAAAGAGUAUUAAAAUCAUUGUUGAAAUCUAAAAGAUUACAUCAGCUGGCUUCCCUUGAUCAACAAGGUGGGUCACCUUGGCAUAAAAGGAAAUUAAGUUUGUUAAACAGGACUUUCUCCUCAGGAACCUGAGUUGGUUAUGAUCAACAGCUGCAUUGCCUUUCAAGUGUUUUUCACUAACUUCCAGAAUAAUCUUCUGCAUAAUUUUACCAGGCACUGAAGAGAGACUGACAGGCUUGUAAUUACCAGCAUCUUCUUGCAUACCCUUCUUGAAAACUGGGACAACAUUUGCCAGCUUCCAGUCAGCUGGGACUCAUGUGGCACAUGAAUCUCUGUUGCUUCUCCAAGGACACACCAAGAGCCUAUGAUAGAAAGAGGAACAAAAGCUCUCUCUCUGGUUCAGUGCUUCAACUGCACAAAUGUAAUUUAUCAAGAUGGUAUUUAGAUAGCCUUAGAUAAAAGAUACAUCAAAGCAUACUUUUGGCUGCUGCUCUCAGAAGUAGCAGUAAAUCUCCCAAGGGAAUGCAAGUAGUCAGAUAUGAUCCAAGUUAUCAAAAUGCUCCAUCUCUUCACUACCCCUCCUCCUCUCACUUUGGUUGAGUUGACAGGGAAGCCCUCUCUUGGGAUUGGUGCAUCAUCUAUUACCAUCAGUAGAUUUUAAUUCAGAAAUGUGUGUUCAUUCUUUUCCAGCAAAAUGCUAUUUCAACACUAAUUCUGAAGAACUUUAAUUUUGUAAAGGAUCCAAAAAGAAUAAUGUACCAACCAUUAUGUUUAUUUUGGCCACUGUGUCUAAGUGCUGAUAUUAGCAUUUCUGAGAGGAUUCUUUCAUCAGUGAAUAAAGCUUUGUACCUGUGAGUAAGAUCUUGCUCAGAAGGUCCUGAGUGCUUCCUUUCCUCUAUCAACAAAGCUUACAAAUAUCAAGAGAUGGUUUUGCAAGGGAAGGUAGUGCACAUCCAUUAUUCAAGAUAAGAAAAAAGCUACUGGAAAAAUUCCGUGCCUAUUGCCAAAGGUGCAAUGAAAGCAGCACUAAAUUUAAAGAAAAACUCUUUAUUUUUUUUCAUGUGCCAUAUUAGUUUGUUUAAUUAAUUAGAGACCUGAAUAUAUAUGUAUUCAAAGUGGCUCUCCUAUUUUCUUUUGGUUUUGAUUUUUAAGCUAAAAUCCUACAAUACAACUUCAAGCACAGUGAUUAGUUCUCACUGUCACAGAAAGACAAGCAGACCUGCACUAGCAGUAACAACGACUGCUGAAAAUAUUUUGCUCUUUCCAGACCAUGACCUCUUCUGUGGAUGUCAGCAGAAUAAGCAUACUUUUAUAAAGUACCCUCAGAUCUUGCCUUCCCUCCUGCUGUUUUGUCACACUUCUUGCAAUUUGCCUUAAAUUACUUGCUUUCACACCAUGGUGC